AUGUUAAUUCUUAAUUUUUAUUACAUUGUUCCUAUAGUGAGAGUAUUAUGUGGUUUAUGAGUUUUUGUUUCUAAACGUAAACACUUAUUAAACACGUUAUUGAGUUUGGAGUAUAUUAUACUAAACAUUUUUUGAAUUAUAAGAUUACAUUUAUCUAAUAUAGGUCAUGAAAGUUAUUUUGUAUUAUUUUUUUUAACUUUGGCAGCUUGUGAGGGUGCUUUAGGACUAGCUCUUUUAGUAUCUGUAGUCCGUACACAUGGUAACGAUUUCUUUAGAAGAUUCAGAGUAUUACAAUGUUAA